AAUCAAAUUUGAUGCAUCUUCAGCCGCUUCCCUACACCGAUAUGCAGGAUACGAAAGCGCGCCCACAUUUCGCGCUAUCAGGUGCAUAGCCGAUAACACGAAAACAUCGGUUUGCAGCGCGAUGGAACUUCUACGAUCUGUCUGCUUUUAGUCAACCGAUUCCAUAGGUUUCCACGCAUCUUGAAUGAAGUGGUUAUCCUAAACCAUGGCAGAAAUGAAACGCGGCGCAUGUCAACCGAACUGUGUCUUGUCAUUAUCGGACCAGUAUUUGCUUAUCAAGCUCUCACCGACAAGCCGGGUGUGAGAAGCGAAAAAGUUAAAACGGUCCUUGAACAAGUAUUUUGUGGCGCUGCAGCUCGUUUCCUGGGCCGAAGAAAGCACGACUACCUGACACUCAGUCCCGAGAAGCGUCUGUAAGCCACCUAAAAACGAAGACGAACUUCGCAUCGAGUUAUCCUCAGCAGAAAUACUCUGGUCAACUUGCCGCAUAGCGUAAUCCGCCUUUGCCGACAUCCGCUUCCCGAGUGCGACUGAACCGGUGCCUUUCGCAGGCGAAAUUACACCAAUGGCCCAGGCAUCUGCAACUGCGUUACGCAAUACUGGAGCACCAGUCCUUGAAAUCGCACGGCCCGCGGAGCAACUGGAUGAUCCAGUCGCCGGUUUAAAAGAACAACCAACGCCCAAUCUCAAGGAACUCGACAGACGCCGCCAGCUCGGCAAUAGGGUCACAAGAGAAGACUCCAAGAAGAAGAAACAAAGUGCGUCUGUUAGGCCUCGCCAAGUACACCAUGCAGUGGCGCGAAGGCCAGCCGGACCCAACCAUUCUUCGAGAAUGGUCGUGGACAGACCGCUCAACGGCGGCUCAUCAAGAAGGCGUCCCGGUGACCAAGGCUUCUCGGCGUUCUUGGAACAAUGCAAGCGCCUGCUCGUGACAGCGUCGUACCGAGGCUCGGUCAAGAACCCUCUGGACGCGCUGGGCGUCGUCUUCCUGUCGUUCCUGGCCGCGAGGUUCCCGCUGGAGCAGCAUUUCCUCAGGCGCCAGAAGUCCCGCGCGGGAGUCGGCGGCAGCGCUACCGCGGGCUCUCGGAAGCCCAGGGCCAUCGAAGACCACUCGCCCAUGUCUGACGCCGUUCUCUUGAGCGUCGACAAAGUGACUCGCAAGGCACGCUGCACCACGGUCCAGGUAGGGCAAGGACGCCAAGCAGCAGCGACGAAGGUUGGUGAGCCCGACACCGCAAAGGCCUCUGACGGCGGCGUCAGCAAGCACCGCCAAAAGCCCGAACACAAAGCCAAGCCUGUCGAAGAGUUCGUCCCGGUGCUGACGUUGCCCCAAGCUGCGGACGUGUUCCAGCAUAUGGCAGGCUUCCUGGGACCCGCCAUUUUGCAGGCCGGCAAGGGAACCAGUUUCGUCCCGGGGUCGGCGGAACGCCAGCAGCGCUGCCCCCGGUUCGGCCGCGGCUUCCUGGCCAUUCGACACAGCGCGUCCGUGUUCCAGACGGAAGAGUGGAAGCCACGCGGUCGCACCUUGUACCAGCCGCUGACGAACGACAUGAUGAUCAACGCGCUCAGCGUGGACCAAUUAAGCUUCGAGAGCGGCCAGUUCUUCUUGGCCGACGGGAAGGGCAACUAUGCCGGCGCUAAGAGCGGCCACGCCAUCCACUUCUGGAGGUACAACAACGUCGACAAGAGGCUCUUCGUAUCCCAGUCUGUUUUCUUUUUAAACGAGGAAGAUUACACUGGAGUCCUGGAACAACUAGAGUACAUCUAAGCACGGUACACGUCGCUUGUUCGAAGUCGUCACCGAAGACACUUCGAAGUGUGUUUACACCCGUAGUGACUGUUUAAAGCGAGUGUACAAUUAGCGUCCUAUGGCGUGUUCCCUUUGCUGUGUCUAUGUGGAGCAUCAUGCACCUACGUCCACCGCAGUUUAUUGCUUUGGGAAGAUGAUAACCAAAGAGCACGUCUGCCGAUAGUAGGGCGCGGCUGACUUCUCGUGAGAAGUGCCUAUUUGCUAGAAAUCUUGGAAGCUCAAAAUGGAAGAAAGGGGUUGUUUCGCGCAUGGAUUUUUUUUUCCUUUUCGCGCUGUGUGCAUACAAUGUGUUGUUCGUGUAUAAA